GGCGCGCUGAGCCACCCGGGGCCGAGCGGGGACCGGGGCCGGAGCCGGGGUGCCUGCUCCCCGGCGCCGCCAUGCAGGUCUCCAGCCUCAACGAGGUGAAGAUUUACAGCCUCAGCUGCGGCAAGUCCCUCCCCGAGUGGCUUUCUGACCGGAAGAAGAGAGCCCUACAGAAGAAAGAUGUUGAUGUCCGUAGGAGAAUUGAACUUAUCCAGGAUUUUGAGAUGCCUACUGUUUGCACUACUAUUAAGGUGUCGAAGGAUGGACAGUAUAUUUUAGCCACCGGAACAUAUAAACCUCGGGUUCGAUGUUAUGACACCUAUCAGUUAUCCUUGAAGUUUGAAAGGUGUUUAGAUUCAGAAGUUGUCACGUUUGACACUUUGUCCGAUGACUAUUCAAAGAUUGUCUUCUUACAUGAUGACAGAUACGUUGAGUUCCACUCACAGUCGGGCUUCUACUACAAGACCAGAAUACCCAAGUUUGGGAGAGAUUUCUCUUACCAUUACCCAUCCUGUGACCUGUACUUCGUAGGUGCAAGCUCUGAAGUUUAUAGGUUAAAUUUGGAGCAAGGACGGUAUCUGAAUCCACUCCAAACUGAUGCUGCGGAGAAUAAUGUCUGCGAUGUAAAUGCGGUGCACGGCUUGUUCGCCACGGGAACAGUCGAGGGCCGUGUGGAGUGCUGGGACCCACGGACUCGUGGUCGGGUUGGCCUGCUGGACUGCGCGCUGAGCAGUGUCACGGCGGAUUCCGAGGUCAACAGUUUACCAACAAUCUCUGCUUUGAAGUUUAAUGGCGCCUUGACCAUGGCAGUGGGAACAUCCACAGGACAGAUUUUAUUGUAUGACCUUCGCUCUGAUAAACCAUUGCUGGUUAAGGAUCACCAGUACGAACUGCCCAUUAAAUCCAUUCAUUUCCAGGAUUCAUUAGAUUUGAUUUUGUCUGCAGACUCUCGAAUUAUCAAAAUGUGGAAUAAGAAUUCAGGGAAAAUAUUUACUUCGUUGGAGCCAGAACACGACAUCAAUGAUGUCUGCCUCUACCCCAACUCAGGAAUGCUCCUCACUGCCAACGAAGCCUCGAAGAUGGGCAUCUAUUACAUUCCGGUCUUGGGCCCGGCCCCGCGGUGGUGCUCCUUCCUGGACAGCCUGACAGAGGAGCUGGAGGAGAACCCGGAGAGUACAGUGUAUGACGAUUACAAAUUUGUCACCAAGACAGACCUCGAAAACCUCGGGCUCACCCAUCUCGUUGGAUCGCCUUUCCUCCGGGCAUACAUGCAUGGCUACUUCAUGGACAUAAGGCUCUACCACAAGGUGAAAUUGAUGGUAAAUCCAUUUGCUUAUGAAGAAUAUAGGAAAGAUAAGAUCCGACAGAAGAUAGAAGAAACGCGUGCGCAGAGAGUUCAAUUAAAGAAAUUGCCAAAAGUUAACAAAGAACUGGCACUUAAAUUAAUUGAGGAAGAAGAGGAGAAGCAAAAAUCUACAUGGAAAAAGAAAGUUAAGAGCCUUCCUAAUAUUCUCACUGAUGAUCGAUUUAAAGUUAUGUUUGAGAACCCCGAUUUCCAAGUGGAUGAAGAAAGCGAAGAAUUUAGGCUUUUGAAUCCUCUUGUUUCGAAAAUUGGUGAAAAAAGGAAGAAGAAACUAAGACUCUUAGAACAACAGGAACGUCAUGAAAAGGAAGAGGAGGAAGAACCGGAAGGAAAACCAAGUGAUGCUGAAAGUUCUGAGAGUUCGGAUGAUGAAAAGGGCUGGGUUGAAGAGGUCAGGAAACAGCGCAGGCUUCUCCACCAGGAGGAAAGAGCGAAGCGGCAGGAGCAGCUCAGAGAGGACCGGCAGACGGUCCUCAAGCCCCAGUUCUACGAGAUCAAAGCAGGAGAAGAAUUCAGGAGCUUCAAAGAUUCUGCCACCAAGCAGAAGCUGAUGAAUAAAACCCUUGAGGAUCGUUUGAAACUGGAAGCAAGGAGUGGCACAUUGAGUGUAUCAGACACCACCGUUGGCAGCAAACAGUUGACGUUCACGUUAAAGAGGUCUGAGCAGCAGAAGAAGCAGCAAGAGGCUGAGAAGCUGCACCGGCAAGAGAGGAAACGCCUCCGACGCCCAGCCGGGCACCUCAAGUCCAGACCCAGGCAAGGGCGGCCCUUCCACUGAGGUGCCACCGUGCUGGCCGCCCCUCAGGCACAUGACACCGUCAGCACACACAUCUGUGAAGUUCCAGAUGAUUCCUGAUUCAUCUCCAGAGGCAGCGAUGUGGGGGUUUGUCCUGUGCCUCAUGGGUCAGACUUUGAAACUUGUCCGUCCACCCCAAACUAGCCGCUGUGUCCCCCACCCCGCCCCCAGAGUGCUCUGUCACCUCUCCCUCUAAGCGUUGUCCUUUUGCCCUGGUUGAAAUCAAGUAAACCAGGUGGUUGUUCCUGACAUUGGGAAACGCCUGCCGGGAAGGGGAAGGUCGUCCUGCGCGAAGCGUGAGGGCUGGUCCUGCAGCGCCUGUCGCCGGCUGGGCCAGGCCGCCGGGAGCCCCUCCCGUCUGCGGCGCGGCGCGGCGCGGCCGUGCUGGCGUGUUGUGUGCGUUGCUUAUUUAUGUGUGUUUGGGGUUUUUAAAACCUACUUUUAUACUAAGAGAAUAUAAUUUAAAACAAGAAAUAGAAGCCACUGAUUUACCUUUUAGCUUGGAACAAGAUUAAAUACACCUCUUUUUGUUUAAGUGCCAGUAGAGACAAGCGGGCCUGGGAACAUUUAUAAAUAAACACUGUCAUUUGAACAUCUUUUUUAAGAAAGACCGUUCCUUGAGUGAAUUUGAAAGGUUACGUUGGUGUGUCCUUCACUUUCAGAUAUUGUGAUGUUGGAGGGGCCUUUACAGUUGCUUAGUGCACAGCGGGAGCGGUGGCGCUUUGGACAAUAAAUUACAGACUUCAGCUUCUUGCUGACUGGCUGUCAGGGAAGAGGCGGCGAACAGGGAUGGGCCACAGAAGCACCUGGGUCCAUGGCCCCAGGUUGUCAGGCCUCACUCCCCUUUCUUUUCAGGCUCUGGUUCCAGCGUGUCCCUUUCUCCUCAGCUUCCCCUUCACUCUCCCCUUGGCACCCACACCGCCGUUUCUCUGUGCAGGCCGACCUGCUGCAGCCGGCAGGGGCCAGCAUGGGCCCUGAGUCCACGUCUGUUGUCUGUAGGGGAAUCUGCUUCCAGGAAAAACUCGUGGGGGUUGGGACACUGGGGUUGUGUAGUGGAGACAGGCAGUCACCAAAGAGAGACCUUCGUCCUCUGGGCGGCGCCCCCAGCCUGUGUCAGAGGACCCUCCACCUCUUUUGGUCCCGGUCCCAAGGGCUUUUCUGCUCCUGUGCCCUGACUCCGGUCCCCACGCCUCCUCCCAGGGGCUGCGGCCGUGCCUGGCUGGAGUCCUUCCCUGGAAGACAGCGCUUGGGACUGCCUCCUGAGAGCCCGCUCUUCCUCGCCCUUCCUUUGGGGGUACCUCCGUGUGGCAGGUGGGAGACAGUACAUCACAAUUAAAUACCGAGCCCCUGCCACUGUGGUGGUGCACUGCUCUGAAAUGCCAGGCUUCCGAGACUGGCAGCAGCAUCUCCAUGUCGACAAGGACGCUGGGCCCAUCUGGACGCUGGCUGCUGGCUGCGGAGCCAGGCUGCUCGCUUUCAGCUCUGUCUGUGGGCUGUUUAUUGAACCGCUUCGAGUCUCGUUUUCUCCUAUAAAAGCCUCCUCUGUGGUUUCUGUGAGGAGGCGCUAACCUUGAGCCAGGCCAUGAGCCUCCUGGUGCUGGGCGGGCUGCUCUCGCCGGCUCCCCUCGGCCAUGCAGGCGCCUCUGACCAUGCCCGUCUCCAACACCGAGGGUUCCGAGAGCAGGGGCCGCCCCUCCGCUUUUGUGUUGGGGUUUGGAGGGUAAAUGAAGUGAUCGGGCUUUUUUGCGCCCUCGCACGCUAGCCCCUGUGAGGGACACCUGCGGUCUUGCACGCCUUCCACGGUGACAGGCGCCAGGGCCCAGAGCACGGUGCGGCGUGUGUGGAUGCUGCUCUUGCAGGACGGAGGUGGCGGGGCACAGCGAGGAGGACACUGAGGCAGGAGGGCUACAAGAUAGAACGCCUGCGCGAGGCAAGCGAGCAAGGGGUGCAAAGACCUGUGGGUGGCUGGGGGUUGUUGCCUGCCCCCCUGCCCGGCCCGGCCCUGCUUCCCUUUGUGCCUGGUUGCCUGGAUUCAUCAUUACAGCUCUGAAAAUGCAGUGAGGGCUCCGGGCUCUCCGUCUGCCCGAGUCCGCCUCCAACCUGGCCCAUGCGUGCUGGCGCAACAGGCUUCCUGGAAGGGCAGCUGGGGAGGCCUGGGGUGACUCUGGGGCAGACAUUAGAGAGAAACUUGCUGACCAUGUAGGUGCCUGGUCCUUUCUCGGGGCUUCUCCCUCCGCUCAGCCCAUACCAGCCCUGCCACUGUGGGAACAGCUUCCUGAGCACCGGCAGGUGCUGGGCGAGAAGGCAGAGCGCAGGCGUGUGAGGGUGGGCGGCGAGGGUGGUCGCCCGCUGCGGAGGUGGCAGCGCGCUCCGCUGAUUGCUUCUGCUUUCUCCCUGGAGUCGGAGCAAGGUCAUGGCCCAAGGUGAGUCUCCUUCCCGGCCUCUCCUUGUCCCACUUCCCCAGUUGCUCAGCGAGCUCCCCUGAAAUCAGAGCCUUUGUUCUGGCUGACCCUCAGCGCAGCAGCUGCCCUUCCGGUCCCCUCGUCUGCGUCCUGCUCCCGCGGCUGGCUUCGGAGAACACCAAGUGCUUCCUUCGAGAAUAAAGUUGAGCCUGGGCUCUGCUUUUUCUUCACCUUCGUCCCAUUGCCUCGCUGGGUUUCCAAAACCCUCUCCCCCGCGUGCUCUUCAUACUCUGUCUUCAUGCUCUGUCCCACAGUGAGAAACUCACCGGCGUCGUGACAGCAGACACGGCGCCCAGAGUGCCACAGACCGCCUCGCAGCCACAAGGCUUGCUGUGUUUUCUAUCCCAUCCUGAGUCCUGGUCCUUUGCCCCUUCUGCCUCCCCCCGGUGACACCCAUUGGAUUGAUUCCAGGACCCACUGAUGGA